AUGUCUAUCUCUCGAGCAUUCACCAAGCGCGUCAAGCGCAACCUUGUGGACCAAGCACCAUUGCAACGUGGCACAACAGUUAGAUAUGCUCCAGGCACCAUCGAUCGCAGUCUCAUCUCUUUGCCAACCGAGUUGAUCUCUACGACCAACGUGCAGGCGUUGACCGCUCCAGACAUUCGGAGCAUUUCUGGGUCGUCCUCAGGCUCAGUUUCGUCGGGCAACGACUCCGAUUUCUCAACCAUCGACCGCAGUUUCCUCACCAGUGCGGGCAAUGACAAUUCUUCCAUCGAUAGCAGCGGUCCUGCCACUCCUGUGACACCUGCGAACGAAGACACCAAGUCAUUCUUCGAUUCGAAACAGACCACUCCCCUCCUUCCCGCCAUUGCUUCACCAACCUUUGACACACCUGUGGUCCCACAACGAGCUCCAUCGCAUUCGAAGAAAGCACAUGUUGAAUUAUCACGGAAGCGAUCUAUUCAACGCAUGUCGCCACCUCCUGUCAACAUUACCCAACCGCGAAGCACUGCCGACUCGUCUGCGGAGACCCGACACCCGUUCGGCAGAGAACUGGCACAAGUGAACGAGGUCGCCGAAGAGUUCGGUGCCACUGCUAGGCUCCUUGAUGAGGAAGAACAGGAAAUCCUGGGCAAGGGCCUCUACAAGUUUGGUGUGGAAGACUAUCUCGACGAAAUCGCUGGCUUGUACGGCGGCAUCUUCGAGGACAAGCUCGGGUCGAUUGCGAAGCCAUGGCUAUGA